UUUUAUAUGUACUUGUAAUCGGUUAGUGCUUGCGUUAUUUCAAAGAUAUUUUCACCAUUGAAAAACAUCCCAUACGGAAUAUACAAUAAUUUGAAUCAGUUUUUAUCAUAUAAUGUCAUCGCGAUCGGCAUCGCCCAAAGUGUUUCUUGAUAUCAGUGAUAAAUCUUUACCAAAUAUAAUGCAGCAUAAUGUCGAUAGACUAACUCAACCAGAUACGCAAUCAUGCCUGCAUUCCGCUCAUAACACCAAUCCACAGGAGACUUACGACGUCUCCAUGCAUAAUUCGUAUGGGUCCCAAUUCCAACUCUUACGCCAACAUCCUCAAGAACCAACACACCUUCACAUAACGCGACAGCAAAUGUUGCCUGAUGCUAUUUACAUUUCCUAUGAUGUGAUGGCCGAAAAAAACGAUGCAGAUUAUCAUAUGCCAAAUGAACUUAGCACUGGCACAACUAGCAGUAACAGCAUUACUUCAAUAGCAAACACGCAAGAUAUUUCCUCUCGCGUUGUGAUAGCCGGUAACGUUUUACCGGAGGAGCUUAAUAAUGACUGUAAUUAUCAAUCUCAUCUUUGUCACGUCAAUGGAAAUGUAAAACGUGGACGAGAUUUAGAUUAUGGAGGCCACCAAUUUUUGCAGGAAAAUAAAAAGUCGCCGGCACCAUUGCAACACACGAACUGUCAAGCGCAGUAUAGUCGAGACCACAAGUUUUUUACAGAACUUAUACCAACCACUGUAAUUGAAAUAAAGCCGUCUAAAGCAGGCAUUCUCACUAAUAACACAAACGGAUCACAGUUCAAUAUUGCAAGUGACGAGAUCAAUGACAACAAUCAAGACAUGAAAUACAAUUUUCAGCAAAUGCAACACCAAGCCCCCAACAGCAGUCUAAACAAUAACCGGCCAUCCAACGGCAGCGGCAGCGGUUCAACACAUUCCCAGAAAGAAAUCACUAUAUCUGCAUUUGAUCAGUUUGAAACAACCAACUCGCUAAACGACAGCAAUUAUUCCAGUUCGGAUCGUGAUGACUCAGAAUAUGGUCGCCAGUCAAGAACCUGUGGUGGCAACCAUGUUGAUGAAACAGGCAUUGGCGAUAGCUACGAAAAAAAUUAUACCUUAAAAGCAUUUCGUAAGCCGAGAAAGCGUGCAAAACGAAAAACUUAUAAAAUUGAAGACGCUGAGGAUUUUCAAACACAGCGUUUGAUGGCAAAUGUUCGAGAACGUCAACGAACUCAAAGCUUGAAUGAUGCAUUCAAGGCUUUGCAAGAAAUCAUUCCCACUCGGCCGGAGGAUAAGCUGAGUAAAAUACAAACUCUAAAAUUGGCAAAAAAAUAUAUCGAUUUCUUGUGUCGCAUUUUGUCGACGGGUGAAAUUGGCCUCUUAAAGGCCGUUGACGCCAAUAUCGGUCAAGGAGAAAAUUUUGCGAUAGGAUCUGCGUCAAUUCUCCAAGGCGACGAAACGGAACUAAGGAGUUUGCGGCGAACAGCGUGUGCACCCAUUAUUCUGCCCGAGAAGCUCAGCUAUUUGUUUGGUGUUUGGAGAGUAGAAGACGACACUCAACCCAAUCAAUGUGAAAAGUGAGCAGCUAACAAAUUUGCCUUAGUUUCCAGCUUCAAUGUAUCAUUGCGUACGCGUAAAACUUUCCAAUUAGUAUUAAGAAGAACGAUUCGAUUAUAUAUGACGCAUAUGCGUAUUCAAUACAUUUUUUAAUGUGA